AUGGCCACACUGACCAUGACACUAACCCUGACCAUGACCACACUGACCAUGACACUAACCCUGACCAUGACCACACUGACCAUGACACUAACCCUGACCAUGGCCACACUGACCAUGACACUAACCCUGACCAUGACCACACUGACCAUGACACUAACCCUGACCAUGACCACACUGACCAUGACACUAACCCUGACCAUGACCACACUGACCAUGACCACACUGACCAUGACACUAACCCUGACCAUGACCACACUGACCAUGACACUAACCCUGACCAUGACCACACUGACCAUGACACUAACCCUGACCAUGACCACACUGACCAUGACCACACUGACCAUGACACUAACCCUGACCAUGACCACACUGACCAUGACACUAACCCUGACCAUGACCACACUGACCAUGACACUAACCCUGACCAUGACCACACUGACCAUGACACUAACCCUGACCAUGGCCACACUGACCAUGACACUAACCCUGACCAUGACCACACUGACCAUGACACUAACCCUGACCAUGACCACACUGACCAUGACACUAACCCUGACCAUGACCACACUGACCAUGACCACACUGACCAUGACACUAACCCUGACCAUGACCACACUGACCAUGACACUAACCCUGACCAUGACCACACUGACCAUGACACUAACCCUGACCAUGACCACACUGACCAUGACACUAACCCUGACCAUGACCACACUGACCAUGACCACACUGACCAUGACACUAACCCUGACCAUGACCACACUGACCAUGACACUAACCCUGACCAUGACCACACUGACCAUGACACUAACCCUGACCAUGACCACACUGACCAUGACCACACUGACCAUGACACUAACCCUGACCAUGACCACACUGACCAUGACACUAACCCUGACCAUGACCACACUGACCAUGACACUAACCCUGACCAUGACCACACUGACCAUGACACUAACCCUGACCAUGGCCACACUGACCAUGACACUAACCCUGACCAUGACCACACUGACCAUGACACUAACCCUGACCAUGACCACACUGACCAUGACACUAACCCUGACCAUGACCACACUGACCAUGACCACACUGACCAUGACACUAACCCUGACCAUGACCACACUGACCAUGACACUAACCCUGACCAUGACCACACUGACCAUGACCACACUGACCAUGACCACACUGACCAUGACACCAACCCUGUGGUCUUUAACACUGGGUUUAUUCAUGUGA